AAGAACCGAGUGGGCUCGAGGCGACGCGACCAGCAUUCGUCGCCGCCGUCGCUGGUUUGAGAGGACUCGUCGCAGACGUCCCUGUCGUCCCCGCCGGCCACCAUGUCUGCCCAGGCGCAGAUGCGGGCUCUGCUGGACCAGCUCAUGGGGACGGCCCGGGACGGUUCAGUGUAUCUUUGCCUGCCUACAUCAAUCUGCAAGGGAGUUGCAGAAAAGCCUCAUGUUCAUCGAGCCGUGAGUCACAACCAAUUUCUAAGCUGUUAUAACAAAAAAGUGUUUGCUUUUUUUCACAAGUAUCUUUAAAAGUGUAGUUUAGAAAGAAAGCAUUUUCAAUAAAAAGACACUACAUUAAUCCUGGAUGCUUGCAAAUCCUAAAAUUUAUUCCUCCUUUAGUAUUACACAACUCUGUGUCAUAUACACAGAUUAGCUUUAAAAUUUGUCACAUUCCACUUUGCUUUUUCUUUUAUGUAUCAUUCCCCUGACUUCCUUACUGCAGGUUGGGCAAGAAAACUUUUCCUUUAAAACUUUUCAACAGCGGGCAUAAAAUUCUGCAGCUGAGGUCUUGAAGAAUGCAGAUGGGUACAGUAUAUGUUGGAACUCACAGUGUGUAUUGACUAACCUAGCUCCUUUCUGCCUUUUUUUUCUUAAAUUUUUUUUUUUUUUUUUAAGUAUUGUCUUGUUAACAGUGACUCCCAGGUGCCAACUCUCUUUUUUAAGGGUGGGGGUGAAAGGGGAUAGGAAAACUAGGUCUAGAUUACUUUUCAGCGGUAGAAUUUGAAAGCUUUCCUUGUAUUUUUGGGCAAAAUACUGCCUACACAUUUGUCCACAGCAAAUAAUUAGAUUAAUAAGUAGCUUUUGUUGGUGGAAACUGCCAGCUAUAGGUCAUAUGUGGUGAUUUCGUGGCCCUCAGAGUAGCAUGGGUUUUGGUAUCUCAUUUCCCACAUGUAUAUGUGGGGCUAAUGGCCUUUUGGUGCUCAGCCUUUUACUUCUGAUUCCUUGACUUCUUGGCACAAUGAUGGAGUCAGAUCUCAUUAAGUGUGAUUCUUUAUGAUACAUUUAGCAUCAGAAAACAUCUGUAUUCUGCUCCAGUUGUAAAUAUCUCUAGAUCAGCUUUUCAGUGUAUUUGGUAGUCUGCAAAUCAUCCAAGCGACUUGUACCAGAUAUACUUUUGUGUUUAACGUGAUAUUGUCUUAUUUAAAACCACAAAUAAAUUUCAGGAGAUGAAACCAGACAGAGGGUGAAGUUUACAGAUGACCGAGUCUGCAAGAGUCACCUUCUGGACUGCUGCCCCCAUGACAUCCUGGCUGGGACGCGCAUGGAUUUAGGAGAAUGUACCAAAAUCCACGACUUGGCCCUCCGAGCAGAUUAUGAGAUCGCAAGUAAAGAAAGGGACCUGUUUUUUGAAUUGGAUGCAAUGGAUCACUUGGAGUCCUUUAUCGCUGAGUGUGAUCGGAGAACCGAACUUGCCAAGAAGCGGCUGGCAGAGACACAGGACGAGAUCAGUGCAGAAGUUUCUGCAAAGGCAGAAAAAGUACAUGAGUUGAAUGAAGAAAUAGGAGAACUUCUUGCGAAAGCUGAGCAGCUGGGAGCAGAAGGAAAUGUGGAUGAAUCCCAGAAGAUUCUUAUGGAAGUGGAGAAAGUUCGUGCAAAGAAAAAAGAAGCUGAGGAAGAAUACAGAAAUUCCAUGCCUGCAUCCAGUUUUCAACAGCAGAAGUUGCGUAUCUGUGAAGUCUGCUCAGCCUACCUUGGUCUCCACGACAAUGACCGUCGUCUUGCAGACCACUUUGGGGGCAAAUUGCAUUUGGGGUUCAUUCAGAUCCGUGAGAAGCUUGAUCAGUUGAGGAAAACUGUGGCUGAAAAGCAGGAGAAGAGAAAUCAGGAUCGCUUGAGGAGGAGAGAAGAGAGGGAGCGGGAGGAGCAGCUGAGCAGGAGGUCUGGAUCAAGAACCAGAGAUCUCAGGAGGUCACGUUCCCGGGACCGGCGACGGAGACGGUCAAGAUCUACCUCCAGAGAACGACGAAAGUCUUCCCGGUCCCGGUCCCGAGACAGACAGCGGCGCCACCGUAGUCGUUCUCGCAGCCAUAGCCGGAGCCACAGCCGGGGCCACCGCCGGGCUUCCAGGGAUCGGAGUGCGAAAUACAAGUAACUACUCUGACUUCUUCAGUAGCUGCAACCAGGAGUUCUCCAGAGAGCGGGCGUCGAGGGAGGAGUCCUGGGAGCGAGGGCGGAGUGAGCGCGGGGCCGCUGACUGGAGGCUUGAAAGCUCCAACGGGAAGACAUCGGAGGAGAAGGAGGCUGGCGAGAUCUGAACCCAAUCCUGGGUGCUGUAAAUAGUCUGAUAAAUGUUCGACACAGCCUGAAGUUACCCUUUAUAUUUGCUGAAUACAACUCAUCUUUUGUAGUUUAAAAUUUCUAUUGUUUUGGGGCUAGCUGUGAGUUUCUAGAGGUGUACAGAAUUGCUCCUGUGUUCUGGGGUUAUGUUCAGUAGGAGUAAAUAAAUCUGACUGCUGCA